UGAAAGCUUCCAGCAGAAUGCCUAUAAUGAGAAGUGUUGUUCAACCUCGAGAAGUGGUGGUGGACAAUGAGAAGUCGGAGAAGGAGAAGAAAUUAUUUGUGUAUGACAAAGAUGAUGAAUUCUAUUCCGCACCAGCAUUUUGUUAUUUGAUGCAUUAUCGAAAUGCUGCCAUAUUCUGCGGAGUUUUUCAGAUCUUGUCACUCAUUAUAGCUGUAUUUGUAUUCCUCAAUUUGAAACUUGAGAAGAUGGAUAUUCGUAUAUGGUUAUCGAUGACAUUAGUCAUAUUCCUUGUUUUUGCCACACUCACCACACUUCUCAUGAUCUAUGGUAUUGUGACGGAAAAGCCGAAAUAUAUAUGGCCAGUGAUGGCAUUUAUGCACGUCGAAGUUACUAUCCUCAUCAUUUCAGCAAUCGCUUCGAUAACAAGCAUGUCUAUGGGAUUACAGGCUACUCAUAGGCUCUUCGGUGUUUAUAUUAGCAUACACAAAUUGGAGAAUCAUUUUGGUCCAAUCUGGCCAUUCAAUUUAGCCGUAUUGUCGUUUUUUGGAGCAACAAUCGUUAUUUGGUCUUAUAUAAUUGUUAGGGGAGCCUAUGAUUACCUCUUGGACAAAGAGUAUUUCACGAAGAAAUCAAGCAUAGAAAUGGUGAAAACGAUUGUUGUUAACGGAGUAUAA